UGAGAGCAUGGGAGCCGCAGUGUGCUUGUUCGUCAUCACGCUCGUCCUGCCGUGGGUUGUCGUUGCCUCGCCGGCGGCGGUAGCAUCCGGCCCCGCCGGUAGCAGCUGCACCAGCCGUUGCGGCAACAUCAGCAUCGCCUACCCGUUCGGCGUGGAGCCCGGCUGCUACCACGCCGCCGGCGGCUUCAACCUCACCUGCAGGCAGCAGCAGGGCGAUCCGCCGGAGCUGUUCCUCGGCGACGGCACCGUGCAGGUGACGGAUAUCUCUGUUCCCAGCGGCACGGUGCGCGUCAAAAGCCAGCGAAUGGAGUUCGGGCAAGGACCCUACUCGCGUGGCCGGAUCACCAACGGGAGUGUGACGUGGGGCGGCGGGCUCCCAAAGGGCGGCCAGUUCUUCCUGUCGGAGUCGAAGGGCAUGGUGCUGGUGAUAGGGUGCAACAUCCAGGUCGACGUCCAUGCGAGUGAUGUGGCAAGUUACAAUCGCAACUCGUUGGUAGGUUCCUGCACUGCUGUCUGCCCAAUGCUCGAUGGAUUUGAUCCUUACAGCUCUGUUUUACCAUACCCGUAUUUGCCCAACGGUAGCUGUGGUGGCCUUGGUUGCUGUGAGGCAAACAUCAUUCUGGGUUACUCUUUCUACCGCAUCCAGAUCCAAAACCGUAGCAUUUCAUCGCCUUCUUACGCAACCAGUCUUAACAAUGCUGGCAUCUACAUAAUUGAUCGGGAUUCUUCUAUUGACACCCGUAGCCUUAGCCUGGACGGCGGUCCACCAGUUACCAUGGACUGGGUCAUCAGCGGUUCCCAAUGUCCGACGACAAACAAGUCCGCUGCCGAGUGCCGUAGUGCCAACAGCUUUUGCCUAGACUACGUUACCCAUGUUGGCUACCGUGGGCAUCGGUGCCAUUGCUCUUAUGGUUACCAAGGCAAUCCUUAUGUCCUCGGUGGAUGCCAAGACAUUGACGAAUGUAAAUCUCCAGACAUAUACCAUUGCUAUGGAAACUGUCGCAACACAGCUGGGAGUUUCACUUGUCAGUGCCCUGCUGGUUUUACAGGCAAUGCUUCUUUCCCAAAUGGAUGCAAAGACAUUGACGAGUGCAAGCACCAGGAAGCAUACUCCUGCUACGGGAUAUGUCAAAAUUUGCCUGGAAGUUUUCUUUGCAAAUGUCCAGAUGGAACCUAUGGAAAUUCUUCUACAAAAGGGGGAUGCAUCACAUUCAAGAACUCAUUUACAGGUUUAAGCAUCGGGUUGGGAGUCGGUGGUGGAACAAGUCUUUUGCUUCUAGCCCUUGGUGCUCCCUAUAUAGUGCGUAAAGUCAAGCUCCAAAAGGUGAACAAGAUGAAACAAAGAUUUUUCAAGCAAAAUCAUGGGCUGCUAUUGCAGCAGUUAAUAUCACAAAGCACAGACAUUGGUGAGAGAAUGAUAAUUACCUUACGUGAUAUAGAGAAGGCAACAAAUAAUUUUGAUAGAGCUCGCAUCAUUGGUGGUGGAGGGCAUGGUGUUGUGUUUAAAGGAAUUCUAGAUCUACAUGUUGUGGCAAUCAAGAAGUCAAAAAUAGUAGUUCAACGAGAAAUCAAUGAAUUCAUAAAUGAAGUUGUCAUUCUUUCUCAAGUGAACCAUAGAAACGUGGUGAAGCUCUUAGGGUGUUGCCUUGAGACAGAAGUCCCAUUGCUAGUUUAUGAGUUCAUUUCAAAUGGAACCCUUUGUCAUCAUCUUCAUGUUGAAGGACCAAAGUCACUACCAUGGCAUGAUCGGAUGAGGAUAGCAGCCGAGGUUGCCAAAGCGAUAUCCUAUCUGCAUUCGGCUGCUUCAAUGCCAAUAUUUCAUAGAGAUAUUAAGUCCGCAAACAUACUUCUUGAUGAUGCUUUAACUGCAAAAGUUUCAGAUUUUGGAGCUUCUAGAUAUAUCCCAACAGAUCAGACAGGGGUCACUACGGCAGUUCAAGGAACGAUGGGUUACUUGGAUCCAAUGUAUUAUUACACUGGACGAUUAACAGACAAGAGUGAUGUUUUCAGUUUUGGUGUUCUUCUUGUAGAAUUGCUUACUCGAAAGAGACCAUAUGUGUAUAGGUCAGUUAAUGAUGAUGGUCUUGUUUCACAUUUUGAGUCGCUGCUAGCAGAAGGCAAAUUGGUUGACAUAUUAGAUCCUCAAGUCAUGGAGGAGGAAGACGGUGCAAUAAUCAAAGAAAUAGCUACACUGGCAGCAAUGUGCACAAAAUUGAAGGGAGAAGACAGACCUACAAUGAGAGAUGUGGAGAUGACACUUGAAAGCUUGCUAGUUAAGAAAAGGCAGCAGGUUCCAUUUAAUGGAACACGACAAACAGGAGAAACUGAUUCGACUCCUUACAUGUCAACUAGCCGAGGAACUAAGGAAGCUAGCAGGCAAUACACGAUGGAGGAGGAAAUGUUGUUAUCAGCAAGAUUUCCCCGGUGAACUUUGAUUAAUUACUGUCUUGAACACGUGCACAAUUCAUGUACUCAGUUAUCUAUUGUUUCAUAGUGCAGCGAGACGGCAAACAAGUGUUAUUUCCUUUUGUUCUCAUAAAUAAUCAUGUAGAUUUUUUAUGAAAUACAUUAGUUUAAUUUAG